AUGGUCGUUGUGGCUGAAACCAUUGCAAGUAGAGAUGUUGAAGACAUAAUUGAACAUAUAAACCCUGUUGAGAAACAAUGGCAUCAUGAAACGCCCGAUGAUUCCGGGAAUAAAGACAAUGAAGAUGAAGAAGGAAAUAAAGAAAAACCUCCUCCGGAUACUUUUUUAAUAGUACAUGCGCUUUUCUUCUUCCUAGGACUUAUGCAUUUUAUUCCCAAUACAUUCUUUAGUGUAGCAACGCAGUAUUUUUUGUACAAAUUUCGAAACACUUCGUUGGGCGAAGACUGGAAUAAUGCCACUUUGAGGAAUACAAUGCAAAAAGAAUUUGGUGUAUACUCGACCAUUUUCGGGUCAACUCCUUUAAUUAUUUUUAUGACGCUCACUACAGUUUAUGGGCAAAGAAUUAACGUGAGGACGAGGAUAUCAUGGAGUGUUGCAUUUAUGUUAAUGGCAUUCGCAGUUUCCACGGUUUUUAUAAGUGUUGAUACAGACGAUUGGCAACUAUAUUUCUAUAUUUUAACAAUGUUCUUGAUUGCAUUAAAAUCUGCUGCAAAUUCAGUGUUGGGUGUAAGUCUGUUUGAAGUUUUGACAAAAUUUCCAAGGAAAUACAUGGUGUGGUAUUUGACUGGAGAAGGCAUAGCCGGGCCUUUUAAUUCCAUCCUGCAAAUUAUAUCUCUGGCUAUUGGUACAGACAUUAAAUCCAGUGCCUUAAUUUAUUUCUUGUGCGGGGUCUUCGUAAUGUCCAUCACGUUGCUGCUGUUCACCUUAACGAGAUUCAGCAAGCUUUACUUGUACUAUAUAGGUAAAUCCGAUACAGUAGCCCGGAGAAAAUUCCUGUCGUGGCCAGAGACAAAGUUCAUCAUUUCGAAAAUAUGGAGCAGCAUCUUUAUAUUUUUGAUUAUGAUUUCGGGACUGCAGUUUAUUAGCCCUGCUGUCACUAGUUUGGUGGUUUCCCAGGAUCAACAAACACCAUGGGGAACAACAUAUUUUCUUCCGUUUACCUUCCUGCUAAGGGACACCUGCGAUUUAAUUGGACGUACUUUGGCAUCUAAAAUCCCAAUUCACAUGAAUCAAUUCGUAAUUUCAAUCCUUGGGGUGGUGCGGGUGUCGGUAUUGAUACCGCUGUACAUGUUUUCGAACGCCCAGCCCCGAGAACGUUUACCAGUUAUAUUCCCCUAUGACUACCAAUACUGUUUAAUAGUUACAGCUUAUGGACUAUCUGGAGGGUACUUGUUUAACGUUGCCUACCUCAAUGUCACCAGAUUGGUGGAAAAGGAAAAAUCAAACGAUGCCUACAACGUUUUGACGACCUGCGUUGGAAUUAUUGGUGCAAUUUCCUCAGCCUUUAGUUACAUUUCAGUGAAUUUUUUGUAA